UUUUGGUCCUCUAUAAAAGGCGGUAGCUUCCGGUUCUUAAAUUUCUAGAGGCGAAGGCGGGAGACGGCGAGGGAGAACAAGAACCAGCGAUGGUUCACGUUAGCUUCUACCGGAAUUAUGGGAAGACCUUCAAGAAGCCCCGCCGGCCCUACGAGAAGGAGCGGCUGGACGCCGAGUUGAAGCUCGUCGGUGAGUACGGGCUCCGGUGCAAGAGGGAGCUGUGGAGGGUCCAAUACUCUCUUAGCCGGAUCCGGAACGCAGCGAGGGAGCUCUUGACGCUGGACGAGAAGAACCCUCGCCGGAUCUUUGAGGGAGAGGCCCUCCUCCGCCGCAUGAACCGGUAUGGGCUUCUCGACGAGAACCAGAACAAGCUGGAUUAUGUUCUGGCUCUCACCGUGGAGAACUUUCUUGAGCGCCGGCUCCAGACGCUCGUGUUCAAGUCUGGGAUGGCAAAAUCUAUUCACCAUGCCAGGGUCCUUAUCAGGCAGCGUCACAUCAGGGUUGGUAGGCAAGUGGUCAACAUUCCAUCAUUUUUGGUGAGGGUGGAUUCAGCAAAGCACAUUGACUUCUCUCUCACAAGUCCAUUUGGUGGAGGGCGCCCUGGAAGAGUGAAGAGAAAGAAUCAGAAGGCUGCAGCAAAAAAGGCAGCUGGAGGUGAUGGCGAUGAAGAUGAUGAGGAAUGAGUACUUUUUCUUUCAAUGGUAUUACAGUUUUGGUAGCUUCCUUUGUUGUGUAACUUAAAAGUUUGUUUUGUUUCAUGCUAAGAUGUUUCUGUCACUUGUAGAAGGGUAACUGAUUAUUGCUUCUGUUUGAAGGGAUCACAAGGUGAUGGAUUUUGAGAUGUUGAAUUUUUGGUUAUAUUUGUUUUUUUGUUUUUGUUUUUGUUUUUUUUUGUGUUGAUAUACAUGGAUAAUCGUUAUGGAUGACUGGGUUAUCUUGCAGUUGAAGAUUCUUGUGUGGAAAAGC